CAGUCUGAACAAUUGGGAAAACAUAGAAGAGAGAACAGAACACAAUAUUUUGUUGGUAACACUUUACUUGGAUAGUCCGCCCACAGAAAGUUUACAGAUAUCAGGUUUGGUAGGUAAUUGUUGUUGAACAAUUUCUGAGAGUUAACAGAUCAUUUGUUGAUAAUCUGUGGGUGGACUAUCCAAGUAAAGUGUGACCGUUUGGCCGUGCCAGCUAAUAGCCUAAUAGUUCGCAUUUGAAGAGACUGCACCACUGGGCAGCAGGAGCCAUAGAAGAAAAUGAAAAAAUCAGCACCCACCUUUCAGAAGAAAGGAGAGGUAGAAGAUGUUGAGGGGACUGACAGACAAAAAAUGAGAGAAGAUGAUGGAGAUGAGAGAACAAAAGGUCCCAUCGUGGCUGACAAGGAUUCUCUUACACAAGCAAUGCAACCUCCCAUCCUGGCUGAAAAGGAUUCUUCAGUGCAGGAAAUGCAACCUCCCAUCCUUGCUGAAGAAGAUUCAUCUGUGCAGCCCUUGCAACCUUGUACAUUACCUUGUGGUCCAGUGCUGGCUGGAGAGAAUUCUUCAGAUAUAGCACACAAUGAGACAAAAAGAAAGAGAGAUGAUGAUGAUGAAGAUGAUGAUGAAGAUGAGAGAAGAACAAAAGGUCCCAUCGUGGCUGACAAGGAUUCUCCUGCACAGGAAAUGCAACCUCCUAUCCUGGCUGCAGAGGAUUCUCCUGCACAGGAAAUGCAACCUCCCAUCCUUGCUGAAGAAGAUUCUUCUGUGCAGGAAAUGCAACCUCCUAUCCUGGCAGAAGAGGCUUCUACUGCACAGGAAAUGCAACCUCCCAUCCUGUCUGAAAAAGAUUCUUCUGUGCAGCCCUUGCAACCUUGUACAUUACCCUCUGACCAACGCAUGGACCAAGAGAUGUUCAUGCAGAAAGUUCAUCCUGCUAGAGCACAGUCAUGCUCUCUGUCUGAGCUGGGGACUCGACCAUGCACAAGUAGCCCUCUGCUUGAGCUACCAAGCGCUGAGUUGGUGGAUGAUGACCCCAUCCCCCUGCCCUGCGCACAGACAUUGAGCACUGGUGGAGCAGGACAACCUCCGAGCUCUCCCGACACACCAUGCAGCAGACGGAGCACCCCACACCCCUCCCCAGUCCCCAGUUUUGCCGGGUCCUCUGCCCUUAGUCCAGUGCUGGCUGGAGAGAAUUCUUCAGAUAUAGCACACAAUGAGACAAAAAGAAAGAGAGAUGAUGAUGAUGAAGAUGAUGAUGAAGAUGAGAGAAGAACAAAAGGUCCCAUCGUGGCUGACAAGGAUUCUCCUGCACCUGCACAGGAAAUGCAACCUCCCAUCCUGGCUGCAGAGGAUUCUCCUGCACAGGAAAUGCAGCCUCCCAUUUUGGCUGAAGAAGAUUCUUCUGUGCAGCCCUUGCAGCCUCCCAUUUUGGCUGAAGAAGAUUCUUCUGUGCAGGAAAUGCAACCUCCUAUCCUGGCAGAAGAGGCUUCUAUUGCACAGGAAAUGCAACCUCCCAUCCUGUCUGAAAAAGAUUCUUCUGUGCAGCCCUUGCAACCUUGUACAUUACCUUCUGACCAACGCAUGGACCAAGAGAUGUUCAUGCAGAAAGUUCAUCCUGCUAGAGCACAGUCAUGCUCUCUGUCUGAGCUGGGGACUCGACCAUGCACAAGUAGCCCUCUGCUUGAGCUACCAAGCGCUGAGUUGGUGGAUGAUGACCCCAUCCCCCUGCCCUGCGCACAGACAUUGAGCACUGGUGGAGCAGGACAGCCUCCAAGCUCUCCCGACACACCAUGCAGCAGACGGAGCACCCCACACCCCUCCCCAGUCCCCAGUUUUGCAGGGUCCUCUGCCCUUAGUCCAGUGCUGGCUGGAGAGAAUUCUUCAGAUAUAGCACACAAUGAGGGGACUGAGAGAAAAAGAAAAAGAGACGAUGAUGACGAUGAUGAAGAUGAGAGAAGAACAAAAGGUCCCAACCUGGCAGAUAAGGAUUCUCCUCCUCCUUGUACAUUACCCUCUGGUGAAAGCAGUCUACAAUAUAUAUAUCCACCAGGAACCUCACCUAAAGAUCAAUAUAAAGAUCUUUAUCACAUAACAGAGGGUUUUCAAUACUUGGACCUUUCAAAAAAGUUAGAUUCUAUUUCAAUUUAUCUACAAAACCCAUUAAUGUUUCCUGAAUAUGUUAAUCUGAGAAAUUACCAAAAUGUAUUUCCUAAACAUUCUAUCGAAACACGCUAUGGAGAUAGUUUGAAAUAUCUUCAAGGAAAAAAACAGUAUGCAUGGGCUGUUCUACCUAGAGAUAAGGAUUUUCAGGAUUUAUUCUUUAAGCUCGAAACUCCUGUGAAGGACACAACAUGUAAAAAGAAUGGCUCCAAAUUUGAUUCAGCAAAUAUAAAACACAGUGAGGAAUUACUUAUAGGUGCAAUUAUUAAAGAACUUGAAGAGUCCAAAGCAAAACAUGAAGAAUUGUACAUAUUCUCUACAUAUAAUCCUUGUUUAGGUAGAAAGGGAGGUCACCCACCUUGUAUGAUAAGUUUAAUUAUCCUGGCAAUUAAUUUAGGCAAACAGUAUAAGAUAACAACACGCAUUGGUUUCAGUGAGUUUUUUGGUCCAUCAGGAGAUCUUCAAAACUCCAUUCCCUCAUAUGCAUUCUGUAAUUAUCCAAUUCCACAAGAAACCCCUGUAAAUGAAAUGGCUAAGCUCAAGCGGAAAUAUGAUCAAGAGCUAUAUAACAUGUUACUCCAGUCCAGACCUAGUCAAGCCAUCAUACAAAAACUUGGUUCUGAAAAAAUAAUUUUUGAAUUCAAAACCAAUGUAUUACAAAAGUCACUGAGAGAUAAAAUGUAUAAAAGUAAAACCAUCACACCACAUGAAAUAAAAACAUAUAUAGAAGAAAAAAUACAAAACAAUUGUAAAAAAAUAAAAACAUUAGACGCAACCUUCUCUGAACUCAUAGACAUGGGAAAUAGAAUAUGCUCUGAUUUCCUUGGAAAUGAUCCUCACAAACUUAAAGAUACCUUUCUUAAAUGCUGGCAGGAUGAUGUUAAUAAACUAUUUAAUCAGUCAUACAGAAAAAAGAUGAGUACACAUAUCAAUGAGCAAUAUGUAAAAUUUGUAGUUAAUAACAUUAAGGAUAUUGAGCACCACCCCAUUAUAGAAUAUGUGCCGCGUGAGGCCUAUAGAGUGGAGCUGUGAUAGUUGAGGGCAGGAUAGAUAGAUGGAAUAUAGCAAUAGAAUAUUUUACAAUUAAAUAAAGAUAAGACUGAGGUGGUUGUGUUCGGGAACAAAAAAGGAAGAUUGAAACUCGAUGCCUACAUGUAGGGCACUUCAGACUAGAACCUGUAUCACAAAUCUUGGUGUAGUCAUGGAUAGGCGUCUUAGUUUCAGGGAUCACAUUAAAACCAUGAAUACAUCAAUAUUUUGGCACCUUAGAAACAUAGUUAAGAUCAGAGAUUUCCUGUCUGAGAAACUCAUCCAAGCCUUCAUAUCAAUUUAGGGUUGUCUAUUGCAAUGUUCUUUUCACUGUUCCUCAAUGUUCUCUGUCAACAAAAACAAAGAAAAGAUGGCACCUCACUCCAGUCCUCAGAUCUUUGCACUGGCUCUCAGUUAGAAUUUAAAGUCCUACUCAUUGUCUAGAUACUUAAUGUCUAAAAUGUGUAGCAGACAUGUUUGCUCCAUAUAAAUCUGAGGUGUGAUCAAAUUUGCCAAACAGUAGCAAAUGUUCAUGACAAACAAUUUUUUCUCUGAUCAGUUGGUAUAUUAAAAUGAUUUGAUUAAACAUUCCAUUAAAACAGUAA